GUACCAUUUUUCUUUAAAAGGCAUUAGACUUUUUAAAUGUCAGAGUGUUUUCGUCUUUGAACGUGGUUUGUCACCGACGCAAGACGAUAAUAUCCAAAUAAAUGGCCGGAAAGACUAGAGAGAUUGUAACUCUUCAAUGCGGCCACUAUGCUAAUUUUGUUGGGACACACUUGUGGAAUAUACAGGAAUCAUCAUUUACCUAUGAUAAGAAUCCUGCACAGACAAUACCAAAAGAAAUCAACAAUGAUGUACUUUUCAGAGAGGGAAGAACAUUACAGGGCGAGGAGACAUACACUCCAAGACUGGUGUGUCUCGAUCUCAAGGGCAGUCUAAACACACUCCGGGCUGAAGGAAUCCUGUACGACUUGAAAGCAGAAGAGGAUGUGCUCUGGGGUGGUGAUAUCACACUCCAUAAAAGCAGCCCGGCUCACAAAAAUCAAUUUCUGGCUGAUCUUGAGGCUCAAGAUGAGUAUUACCAUCAGGGUGAGCCCAAAGUCGGAGAUGACGAAGAUGACCUCUCGACUCCUGACAUGGAUACAUCAGAGGUCAAUGCCGAUGACUCCAAGUUCGAUGACCCUCCAGGGUUAAAGCACUACGAUCUGGAUGAUGAUGUCUAUGUGUGGUCUGAUUUUCUCCGUAGUCAUCUUCACCCCAAGAGUGUGUCCGUCGUCAAAGAAUACUCACAUGACAGCACUGUAGGUGGAUUUGACAUGUUCACACAAGGAAAAAAUGUCUUCAGGAAAAAGGACGUCUCAGAUGAAAUUGAGGACAAGAUCCACUUCUUUGUGGAGGAGUGCGAUCACCUCCAGGGGUUCCAAGUGUACCUAGAUUUUUGCGAUGGAUUCUCUGGACUAGGGUGUGGCAUGUUACAAGGGCUAGCUGAUGAUUAUCAUGGGAAAGGUAUCUUUGCUGCUGGAGUUGCCCCAGCCAUCUUUGACGAUACAAAUCCAUUAUUAGAUUCCUUUAGAAUUCUGAAUUCUGUCCUGUCCUUCAGCAGACUGGUUGCUCACAGUUCAUUAUUUGUGCCUCUAUCACUUGCAUCUACACUAUGGAGGAAAGUAGGACCACCACUCUCUUUUCCUCAUCUUCAGUACAGGCCUUCCAUGCCCUAUCACACCUCUGGUAUCUUAGCUAGUGCUCUGGACACGGCCACUCUGCCUCUGAGGACCGUUGAUAGCUCAGUUACUCUCUCCAUGAUGACCGAUGCAUUGGGUGCUAGAGGAAGAAAGAUUGCAAGUCUGCAUACCAGCUUCCCUCUCUCCUUCCACUCUUCAUCAACGCUAGCUGACACCCUUGGUGGUUCACUGUUACCAUGCCAACCAUUAACACCGCACUUGGGACAAGAGACCGUUGCUCCUUUCGCUCAGUCGGUCGUACUUCGGGGGACACCACAAGACAGAAUCAAAAGGCCACCCCAAAAAGACUUGAACCCAUACCACAAGUGCUACGAUGAAGAAGAAAUGCUCAGGAAUUAUUUGUUGUCAAACUACCAAAGAACUCUAAGUUCUGGCCGCUGUGUCAAGCAGCCAUGUAAAACCUUGGCACCGUUUCCCCACCUGUUCGGUCCUGAGGUCAAUAGAGAUGGAUUCCUAGCUGAUGAAGACAGAAAGAAGGAACAAGGCGUGGAGAGUAUCCCUGCGAUGACCAGCCUACAGUCCAGUCCGGCGGUCAAGCAUCUCCUCAAGUCCCUGCUCACUGAAGCGCGCAAACUGGACAUCCAUAAAUUCCAUGGCUACCUGGAGGAAGGCUUGGAGGAAGAUGAAUUCAAAGAGCACCUGCAGGACUUGGAGCAACUUAUGCCAUGUUACUUGACUGAAAUAGAGAAGGAAUUUGAUGAUGGUGACGACGAUGACGACUAUGAUGAUGUUGAUGAAUGAACGAGUUUUAACAGUAAUUGAUAAUACAUUUGAUGAUGGAGAGGCUUGCAACAAUUUGUGCCACACUUCUUGACUGAAAUUGAAAAGGAAUUAGAUGAGGAUGAUGAUGUUGAAAGACAGAGGUGAAACAGAGAGCAUCUGCAUGACUCGGAACGACCCUCGCCAUGCUUCUGUAAAGUAAUUGAUAAGGAUGAUGAGGCUUGGAACAGAGUGAGUUUGAUGAGGAUGAUGACCAUGAAUGAUGGAGGUAAAACAAUGAGCAGCGACAUGACUUGGAACACCCCUUGCCAUGCCUCUUUACAGUAAUUGAUAAUGACAUUUGAUGAUGAUGAGGAUGUAGAUGUAGAAAUGACAAGUGGGAGAGUUUAGACAUCUGCAUUAACAGGAACAAAACAGUACCAUGCUUCCUGACAUAAAUUGAUAAGAAAUUUGAUGAUGAGGGCGGGGGAGGGAGGAGAAUGACAGUUUGUUAAGAAGGAUGAUUAUGAUGUCGAUGAGUGAUGGAGAUGAUACAAGUCUGUUAGAUCAUGACCUUGUUGUUUGAAGAUUUGUAAUCAAAUCAACUCUUCUUGUAAUCGACUAGGAUCCAUCUCAACUCUUUGUACAUGUAAGACACAGCCCUGACCUUAAAAAACCUGUUUGGAGACUUUUGAAAGGAUGCAGUUUUAGUUUUGUGGCUGAAAUACUCUUUGGUGUUGUUCAAGUUACCAAUAAGCUUGGAAGAUGGUUCCAACAAAUGUUAAGGAGAUGGGAUGGUGAUGUGGUAUGGAUAGAGGCUUCAGAUGGCAUCUUCAUGACCACCCUAAUAGCAUAACAACUAUGAACAUGAUAACUAUGGUCAGGGUAGUGGUGAUGUUGGCAAGAGUUGGAACAAAAACAAUUCAAGGAAUAUUGUAAGUAUAUUAAUCUUCAUGAUAAGCGUUAGUAAGCAAGUAUAAGCUUGCAGGUAAACAAACCUAGAGACCUACAGCUACAAUUCCUUUCCAAAGGGUGUCAUUUGGGCAGAUUAUCAGUUGAACACCUUGACUCAGCCGAGGGGAUUUUGGCACCCUGAUCUAAAACAGUGGCUCUAAUUACUCCCUACUUUUGACAUGGUAUUGGUUAAAACUGAUGACAAUAAAUGCUGCAUAGAGACUCCUUGUCAAGAUUAUGUCAUUUAAUCUGAAGGGAAAAGAUGGAGCAUGAAACUUUUUUUUGAAGGACAGAACAAUGAAUAUCCAUCUAAUGUGAAGAUGAAAAAGAGCUUAUAUUAGUCCUAGGACAUUGAUUUGGAAGUCGUGUCACAAAUGAAUUUGAAAGUAACAAGGUGAUGUUGAUAUAUGCAGAUCAUGUGAUGAUAUUUUCCUUGUCCGAAUAAAAAGCCUAAAAAUAGUCCUAUAAUAGUGACAAAACUACAUAAAAUAUGUACUUUGACCGAUUCAACUCAACUGACUUAAUCCACAUACUGAAUUGAAUACGGCUCCAGAUUGUUUAUGUGUGUACAAGGCUGAAUGUUGGGUUAACAUAUCAACAAUUUUUGUCUGUGGAAAAAAUAUGGUAAUGUCACAUAUCCUAUUGUCGGAUCACUGUUAAUAUUUUGAAGGCUUUCAAGAAAUCAACUCGGGGGCAAUUUCAGUACCUUCUUGCCUUUAGAAAUCAUGUUCAGACUACACAACAUGCCGUUGUCAAGUUUACAUAUUACAAAAGGAGGAUGCACAAGGCAAUAGAAAUUGCCAGUGGUUGAAUUUCAAAAGUCUUUGCAAUAAUUUUUUUUAAUGUCGCUAUUUUGUGGUACUGUGUUUUUGAAGUGCGCUUUUAUACUUUUUGUCUAUUUAUUUGUAUAAUGGAUAAUGGAUGAAAUAAAUUUGACAUUCAGUCAAACUAUGAAUAAA